CUACUCGGGGCCGCAGUCGGGAGUCGCCGCUGGGGGACGCGGGCUGCGCGGUUGCUGUGCUGCUGCUCUGCGGCCGUCGUUUUGCAGUCACGGUCUCUUUCCCGGAGCCUGGGACGGAGGGGUCGCGCGCGCGAGUGCGUGCGUGCGUGCGUCCGUGCGUGCGUGCGAGGGACAGCGAGACUCGGGCAGGGCCGUCCCCGCUGCUCUUAGACCCUUAGCCGCGCAGGCGGCGGUCCGCACGCACCCUCGUCGGCUCGCCGCCCACACGGUGUGCCGAGCGCGUCGUCUUUUUGAUUUUGGAACUUGACGCGUGACCAAAACCAAAGACGGCCAUGAAGUGAGGUCCUGUAAAGUAGCUGAUAAAACGGGAAGCAUCACUAUUUCUGUGUGGGAUGAGAUUGGAGGGCUCAUACAGACAGGGGAUAUUAUUCGGCUGACCAGAGGGUGGUGAGAUUACAGGCAUGUACCCAAAUGUCCUGAGGAUGAGCCAGAGGCCUCCCACGUGCCAGGUAUGCGUCAAUGUGGAAAGGAUGCCUGACACUUUAUACUGGAAGAGGUGGUGAACUUCAAAAAAUUGGGGAAUUUUGUAUGGUGUAUUCAGAAGUGCCAAAUUUCAGUGAGCCAAACCCAGAUUAUAGAGGGCAGCAGAACAAAGGGGUACACAAUGAGAAGGAUAAAGUGAGUGCCAGUACAUAUGGGCCAGUGGGAAAUGGUGUUCAGACUGGCCCUGAGUCAAGGGGAUAUCAUCUUCCAUAUAGUGGUAGAAGCAAUGUCCGGGAACCCAUCAGUCCACAGCUACCAGGAGCUCGUUGUAGUCAAACAGUCAUGACCACAAUAAGUAAUGCCAGGGAUCCGAGGAGAGCCUUUAAAAGAUGACCUAAGCCAAAGAGACACGUGUAGUCUUUAAACUACAUGCCCUACUUGAACACUUAGUGCACUUUUAUUUAUCGUUAACUGUGAAAAGUUUGUCUCUUACGGGUUUCCUUUUACAUUGUUGGUUUGUUAAGAAGAAUGGUUGAUUUUUAUUGCAAAAGUUAAGCUGCUCAGUUACAUCCUAUUGAAGAAUAGGAACUCUGAAAGCAGGAACAUUUAUUUUUAGAGCAAGAACUUACUGGGUAUCACUUGAAAACCUGUCCCUGUUUCAAGGGUGAGUUACUUAAGACACCAGCUUUAUGGCCUCUGGAUCUUCUGCAUACUCUGUGAUGUUUGCCAUAACAUUUCAUGGGAAAUGUUCUUCUGUCUUAACUGGGAUGUUGCCACCUGAAGCGAUAGCCCCCGAGCCCGAAGCCUGGCCAGUGCGAUGGUACUUCGAGUGUCUGUUCCCGGGAUGACUGGCUUGCUAGAGUGACCGCACUGCCAUUCAGGUUGUCCAAGAACAAAAUCGUCCUAAAUCUUGUUUAAUUACCAGAAAACCAGAUUCCUUAUCAGAAUUAUGGAAUAAAAUGUGUAAUAUAACAAGUCAUUUUUAGGCGAAAACUGUUCAAGAUAAUGCUCUUAACAUCUGUUAAAAACGUUGAAGAAAAAUUUA